ACAAUCCACCUGCCUAACCAGCUCCACGCCCAACCCCAAAACUACAACAACCUCUCCGGUUUGCGUCCUCUUUGGGGGGCGAAUUUAGUCAAGGUGGCUUCCGAUCAAGGAUUUCUAGCAUCCACGGGUGCAUUUGCAAACGAUAUCGUCAACGUAGCCACUUCUAUUCUCCAGAACCUGACAGAGUAUCUGCACACCACUACCGGCAUUGCCAUCUCGCCGGCUACCCUCUCUGGGGCCUUUGCCGUCAUUCUACUGCUAGGAGCGCUACCAACUGUGGCAGCGCGUUCCAAGUCCGGCGACAAGAUGGACAGGAGACCGCGAUUUGGCUGGUCCGGCGGGUACGGUGGACGAGGCCCCAUCUCGCCUUUCGGCUCGAACCUGGGCCACGAUGGGCAGCCGCCUGACAUUAUGGAUGAGGACUUUAGCUACAUCACGUCUCAGGAUCUCGAGAACCACAACAUUGAUCGAUCGCGAUACUAUGAUCCGCGCUCGAGCAACCAACGCAUGGGUCGGUUCGAGCCCUCCCUCGAGAUACCCGACGAUGACAUAAUUCUCAUCAAACAUCGGGGAAUCACAUAUCCGGAACACUUUCCUGCCUACUCCAUAGGCGACGGGAAGCUGAUCGCCGGCGACAUCCGCGACCGCGCCCAGCUGGUAAUGAAGCUUUCCAACAGGCAAACCAACAACCUCAAGAUGUACUACAAGGGCAAGCAGCUCAAGGACGAUGAGGAGCCCGUGUGCAACUACGGCGUCAAGAACAAGAGCGAAAUCAUGAUUGUACUGCCCGAUGACGACGUAGAUGUCGGCGGCGGUAGGAGCAGCAGCGAGACGAGCGAGGAGAUUGUGGUGGUACAGGGUGAGGAUACCGAUGGCAAGAGUGGGAAGAAGAAGAGCAGGCGCAGCCGGAAGAAGCACCGGGACCCUAGCCCACGCGAGAGCAGCUCCAGCAUCGGAUUGUCGGUGCCCGAACCAGAGCAGAGGAGGCAGCGGGCACCGUCCGUGAGCAGGACGCGGUCGCCAGAGCGCCCGGCCACUGGCACCACCAUCGCUGUUCCUAAGCCCCCAUUAAUCCCGGCCGCUCCCAACAGCGCCAUGGAUAAGCUUAACAAGAUCCAAGAAAACUUUGACGAGACCCUACGGCCGAUAUGCGAGCAGUUUGUUUCCAACCCGCCGGACGAUCCCAAGAAAUGCGUCGAAGAGUACCGCAAGAUUUCGGAGACGGUGCUGCAGAAGGUGCUUCUGAAACUGGACGAAAUUGACACUGGCGGCGAUGACAGCAUCAGAACGAGGAGAAGGGAGCUGGUCAAGUACGUGCAAGAGGUGCUGAAGCCGGUGGACAAAUAUUCUCCUGAUGCCAAAUGA